AUGCUCUUUGCCAUUGAGGAAAUUAAUAACAGCACAGAGCUCCUGCCAGGAAUUACUCUGGGCUAUAAAAUGUACGAUACUUGUGGUUCUAUUGCAAGAAGUGUGAGAGUUGCACUGGCAUUACUCAGUGGUAAUGAAAUUGAGGCUUCACCUGCAAAUGCAUGUAGAACGCCUGCACAAGUACAGGUGAUAAUGGGAGAGACCUCUUCCUCUCCUAGUGCAGCAAUUGCCACGGCUGUUGGACCCUUGCGGAUCCCAAUGAUUUUACAGCAUUUGCAAAAGAUUCACUUUAAAACAAAGGAAGGAGAAGAUGUUUAUUUCAAUGAGAAUGGAGACCCACCGGCUAGAUAUGAAGUUAUUAACUGGCAACCAACCAACAAAAACAUGGUUAAAUUUGUCAGUGUUGGAACAUAUGAUGCAUCUCUACCUAAAGAUAAACAACUGAAUGUGCAUAGUUUGUCUUUGAUUUGGGCUAAAAACUCUCUUCAGGUCCCUGAGUCAGUUUGCAGUAAGAGGUGUCCUCAUGGAACCCGCAAAGUCCUCCAGAAAGGAAGACCCGUCUGCUGUUAUGACUGCGUGCAAUGCACAGAAGGAGAAAUGAGCAACAUUACAGAUUCUAUCACCUGUUUAAAAUGCCUCCCAGACUUCUGGUCAAAUGAGGAAAGAGAUGCCUGUAUAAAAAAAGAAGAACUGUUCCUGUCUUAUGACGAAAUUAUGGGACAAUUACUAACAGCAGUUUCUUUAAUUGGUACAUGUAUGACUGCUGUUGUGGCAGCUAUCUUCUUCAGACAUCGGAAAACACCACUUGUUAGGGCAAAUAAUUCUGAACUAAGCUUUCUAUUGCUCUUCUCUUUGAGUCUGUGUUUCCUCUGUUCCCUGACCUUCAUCGGCCAACCCUCUGAGUGGUCCUGCAUGCUUCGUCAUACAGCUUUUGGAAUCACCUUUGUCCUCUGCAUCUCAUGUGUUCUCGGCAAAACAAUAGUGGUUUUAAUGGCAUUUAAAGCCAAAACCCCAGGUAGACAUGCCAGACAAUGUUUCGGCCCUGUGCAGCACAGGUUCAGUGUUCUGGGUUUUACUCUAAUACAAGUUGUCAUAUGUAUCCUUUGGUUAACAAUUUCUCCCCCUUUCCCAAUCAGGAACUUCAAGGAAUUCAAAGAUAAAAUUGUUCUGGAAUGCAAUUUGGGAUCCACAAUUGGUUUCUGGUCUGUGCUUGGAUAUAUAGGGCUUCUUGCCAUGCUGUGUUUUAUCUUUGCUUUCCUGGCUCGAAAAUUACCUGACAAUUUUAAUGAAGCUAAACUGAUCACCUUCAGCAUGCUGAUAUUCUGUGCGGUGUGGAUCACCUUUAUACCAGCAUAUGUCAGCUCUCCUGGGAAGUUCAGUGUGGCUGUAGAAAUUUUUGCUAUUCUAGCUUCAAGUUUUGGAUUGCUAAUUUGUAUCUUCGUCCCAAAAUGCUUCAUCAUCUUACUUAAACCAGAGAAAAAUACAAAGAAAAAUAUGAUGGGAAGGGGGUCACAAAAAUAGUUUUAAAACAUUUAAUUAAUUUGGAUUUUUUUUUCUGCAUAUGUAAUGAUUUAGAUUGUAAAGUUUUUACUCACUACUUAUACA